AUCUGAUGCAUAGUUCGCACGACUCAACCUAUUGUGUCGAAUCAAAUUCAAGCAGACAGCAACCACGUCACGUUUAUAAACAAUAUUUACUUUAUUGACAAGUCCACGGUCUGUCAGAGAGCUCGCUAAGUUAGCGGUGUUGGUUUUUGUUGCAUAUCUGCUACGGGACAUCACAGCUGAGCCUACGGAAGAAUAUAGGGGCCUGUUUUAGAAAUAACGCUAGCAAAGAGUUGUCUGAUUAGGCUACAGUUACUUUUUAAAGGCCCCUCAAAGCUGCUCUGGGGGGUGGAGUGUCUCCAGACUGCUGCGCCGAUUGGGGCGCUCCAUCGGAGGAAGAGAGAUGGCGUGCUUAUUGGAGGCCCCACUCCGCAUCAGUGUGCUGUCUGAAGUCACCGCCACUAGUCGCCAUUAUGUUGACAGACUGUUUGACCCCGACCCACAGAAAGUGCUUCAGGGAGUCAUUGACAUGAAGAACGCUGUCAUAGGAAACAACAAGCAGAAGGCCAAUCUGAUUGUCCUCGGAGCCGUGCCGAGGUUAUUAUACCUGCUGCAGCAGAGCUCGUCCAGUAUGGAGCUGAGGACAGAGUGCGCCGUAGUGUUGGGAAGCCUCGCCAUGGGCACUGAGAACAACAUCAAGUCCCUGGUGGACUGUCACAUCAUCCCUGCCCUUCUUCAAGGUCUCUUAUCUCCGGACCUGGUCUUCAUUGAAGCUUGCCUUCGAUGUCUCAGAACUGUCUUCAUCAGUCCAGUCACCCCUGUGCAGCUGCUUUAUACUGACCCCACUGUGAUUCCUCAUUUAAUGUCUCUUCUGAGCAACUCUCUGAGAACCCAGGAGUACAUCACCCAGAUCUUCUCCCACUGUUGUAAGACUCCAGAGCACCAGACGAUCCUUUUCAACCACGGCGCCAUCCAAAAUAUUGCCCCUUUGCUCAUUUCACCCUCUUAUAAGGUCCGGAUGCAGGCGUUAAAGUGUUUCUCAGUCCUGGCGUAUGAGAACACUCAGGUCUCCAUGACACUGGUGAAUGUGCUGGUGGAUGGUGAGCUACUCACUCAGGUAUUUGUCAAAAUGAUGCAAAGGGAUCAACCCAUUGAAAUGCAGCUAACAGCAGCCAAAUGUCUAACCUAUAUGUGUCGAGCGAGUGCCAUCAGGACAGACGAUAGCUGCAUAGUACUAAAGACCCUGCCAUGUCUCGUGCGAAUGUGCAGUAAAGAGCAUUUGCUCGAGGAAAGGGUGGAGGGUGCAGAGACACUGGCCUAUCUCAUGGAGCCCGACGUGGAGCUGCAGAGGAUCGCAAGCACCACUGAUCACCUCGUGGCCAUGCUAGCCGACUACUUCAAGUACCCCAGCUCGGUGUCUGCCAUCACUGACAUCAAGAGGCUGGACCACGACCUGAAACACGCACACGAGCUGAGACAAGCAGCUUUCAAACUGUACGCCUCACUGGGCUCCAACGAUGAGGAGAUCCGCAAAAAGAUAACAGAGACGGAGAACAUGAUGGACAGGAUAGUCAGUGGCCUAUCAGAAUCCAGCAUUAAAGUCCGUUUGGCGGCUGUCAGGUGUCUUCACAGUCUUUCUCGGUCAGUGCAGCAGCUGAGAACCAGCUUCCACGAUCAUGCAGUAUGGAAACCCCUGAUGAAGCUCUUGCAGAACGCCCCGGAUGAAGUCCUGGUUAUGGCUUCCUCUACACUAUGCAAUCUACUGCUGGAAUUCUCACCCAGCAAAGAGCCCAUCCUGGAGUCAGGGGUAAUGGAAUUACUAUGCAGUCUAACCCAGAGCGACAGUCCUGCACUGAGAGUCAAUGGGAUCUGGGCCCUGAUGAAUAUGGCGUUCCAAGCUGAUCAGAAGGUGAAGGUGGAGAUUGUUCGGUGUUUGGGCACAGAACAGCUGUUCCGCCUGCUAUCAGACCCCGACACCAACGUGCUGAUGAAGACCCUCGGUCUGCUGCGCAAUCUACUGUCGCAACGCGCACACAUUGACCAGGUCAUGAGCUCCCAUGGGAAGCAGAUCAUGCAGGCAGUUACCCUCAUCCUCGAAGCGGAGCACAGUAUAGAGGUCAAAGAGCAGACGCUGUGCAUCCUAGUCAACAUUGCUGAUGGCAACACAGCCAAGGACCUCAUCAUGACCAAUGACGACAUGCUCCAGAAAAUCAAAUACUAUAUGGGGCAUUCGAAUGUGAAACUGCAGCUUGCUGCAACCUUUUGCGUCUCAAACCUUAUCUGGAAUGAGGAGGACGGUUCUCAGGAGCGUCAGGACAAGCUGAGGGAGAUGGGCUUUGUGGACAUCCUGCACAAACUGACACAAUCCUCUGAGCCCAACCUCAGUGACAGAGCGAAGACAGCAUUGCAGCAGUACCUAGCAUGACUACAGUGGGCAGCCAUCGCCUUCUGCCAGCCUGACUAACAAAUGUGUGGAGGACACCUGGCUCCUUCGUUAUUUGUUUCAGUUAAAGUGCCCCUAUUAUGCUGUUUUUAACUAAUAGGAUUACUUUAAAAAAGAAAAAUUCAUAUUGUGCACUCCUGCAGCGCCUCUUCUCGUCGUCUGAGCCCAGUCUGCUCCACUCGGUCCACUGCUAUAACAGAAGCAAGGCAGCGUUUUUGUGCCCAGCCAGCAUAGCCCUUUAACAGCUGCCAACUUAGAACACGUUAGCAGUGGCCACUUCAGAAAGACACGCCAAUAGCAUCAAACAUAAUACAGCUGUUCUCUUGAAAUUGUAUAAAUGUUAAUUACAACAGUAGACAGAACAAUAGAAUAUGUCCAUUAGAGCAGUGUUGCUGGGAAUUUUCCUCUAUUUAAUGUAAUUAUGUCAAACUCAUUUUACAAAUAAAACCCCACUUUCUGCCACACAGUUCAUUUCCUGAGAUAUGUUAGGAUAAGAUAAAGAGCACAUCUGAGUUUUUCUACAUGAUAAAUAUGUAAAAAUACAGAAAAGUCCUGGUAGCUCACCGCACAGACUGUCCUGUAUUUGUAAAACAAAGUUUUUGUUAAUUGAUGAAUUUAAAAAGUUAAAUUGAAAUUUCUACAGUAGACAGUGAAAAACAGGAACUUUUCUGUCAUGUAAUUGUUUAUUUAUUAUUUAACUACUCUGGUCCAGUAUAAAUGGUUGUGGGGGAGGUCUUUAUCAGCAGGAGAAUCUGUAAAACUUAAAAAAAAAAAAAUACAGUUAAAAGUCCAAAGAUGCAUGCCUUCCUCCAUAUUUUCCAAAGCCAUCCAGUGGGACAGAUUGGCAAGUCCCCAUAAUUUGACACCACUGCCUUAGAGGGUAGGAUAGAAGCUGACGGGUAUCGUGAGCAUAUUAAUGCUCUUGUUUUAGCCAGAAACAGACGAUGCCGUGUGCUUUGCUAGUAUUGGAGAUAUUUUAGAGUUAUCACAGCAACCCUAGCAACAAAAUAAUGUCCCACGGCGAAGGAGCAUGUGGAGGGCGGGUGUUUCUUUGUUAGAGUGCCCCACACUAGCAGCUAGGCAGGAUUUAUUUAAACAUGUUACACAGUGACAUAGAUCAGAAACGUAAGGAAAAGCUUGGACUACAAACAAGGUGUUUUAGCAAACCCCAGAAAGGCUAAUAGGGGCACUUUAAUGGUGAGGCCUGUUUUGUUGCACAAAGACACCUUUUUUUUGGACCUGUGGCUGACCUCUCUUCACUUCUCCAGUACAAACACCUCAACCCAGCCUCAACAGUUCGGCGCCAGCUCCACGGCGGAGACUCUGAGACUGCAGUUGUUGUGAAAUCAACGGUUAGGGGAGUUUCACCUGAUAGGUUUUAUUUUAUUCUUCUCUUAAAGUGAAUCCUUGGAUUUGGAUUUUGUGAUUUGAGAUUUGCAGACUUUGUUUUCUUUCUGUUUUUGGAGUGCAGCUGCCUGACGUCACCGCUAAUUUGGAGCCUUCAGACUCCCAACAGUGGAGAUUAUGGUUUCAGAGCACGGCUGACGGACAGCAAAGUUUCCCAGUUGUAUUUUUUUAAUUUUUGACUAAAAUUACUAUUAAUAUUAAUGUUUCCUUAAGGCAUCGCAAGUAAGGACUCACUUGGAAAAACACAGACUGCCUAUUUUGGAAUUUCUUCUUUGUGGAUACAUACCUCGUAAAUAUAUAAAUAUAUAUAAAUAUAAACAAAUAUAUAUUUUUGGAUUUUUAUUUUCCCCUCAUGUUUUUCAGUCGAUCCCUCUGAACCAUGAUUUUUGGCACAGUCGGGGGAAUCUACUGCACUCUAAAUAUCUGUCGAACGCUGAACGUGGUCUCUGGAGGAUAAUCAGGAAUGAGCAUUUCUCCUUUCAGGUGUCGUCACUGUGAUGGUGCUGCUCGCGCAGAAGCCUGUCACUUCUGUCCAGUAACCUUAUUUCCAGUAACCAUUUCUCAUGAUCCCACUGAGAAAUGCAGUGCUUACACAGACCUGCGGUUAUUAAUUACACCCAACACCUGGGAAAAGAGGAUUAAUGUAUCCAUCCCUCACACCUCCUGUCGAGAAAGACCUGAUGUCUGCUUCUCUCUGCAGUCCCCUGCAUGUGUUUGUCAGGAGGGAUAAAUGAAAUUCCCAAACCUCCAGCUUUCUCUCCCUUGAUGUGUUUUUGAGAGGCGAGUGAGGACAGAGUAGAUGUAAGAAAUAAAGUAAGAAUCAUUUGACACUAAGGCAUGAGUACAUGCACUACAGCAGAAUCAAGUGCUACAUUGUUUCUCGACCCCUUUGUUAUAUAAUUUCUUCUCCAAUCAGGAUAUUUCUAGAACGUUUGUCCUGACAUUUCAAACCUUACUGAAGCUCUGAUAGAAUGAAUGUUACCCUUGAGAAUAUAUGCAGAUCUGAAGAGUUCCUGUGUUGUCUUAUUUCUUCUUGGAGAGUCUGCUGUAUUAAAAAUCCCACCGGU